AUGUUAGGGAUAUACGACAAUUUAUGGAAGGCAUUUAUACGUCCAGCACGCUAAACAUAUGAAGAUUCCGAUUUAGGUUAUUAAAAGCAAAACUAUUAAAAUUACUAAGCAAUAAGACAUGAUUAUUAAGUUUAAAAUUAAAAAAAUAUGUAUUUAAAAUGCUCUUUAUUUGAGCCAAUCAAUAUAAAAGAUCCUGAAAUUCCUAAUAAAUUUCCAUGCGUAAUAUAUUGUCAUGGAAAUAGCGGAAGUAGGCUAGAUGCUUUAGAAUAUUUAGAGUUUUUAAUUCCUUUAGGAAUAGGUUUAUUUUGUUUCGAUUUUAUGGGAAGUGGACAAAGUGAAGGUGAAUAUGUAACCUUAGGAUAUAAUGAAUAACAUGAUUUGUAAGAAAUAAUAAAGUUUUUGAGAAAAAAAGAAAAUAUUUCAUCAAUAUCUAUAUUAGGUAGAAGUAUGGGUGCUGUAACAACUAUUUUAUAUACAAGUAAAGAUUAAAAUUUCGCUUCUAUUGUUUUAGAUAGUCCUUUUUCUUCAUUAGAAAAAUUAGCUUUAGAUUUAGCCAAUAGCAAGUUUAUGCUACCUAAUUUUAUUUUAAAAGCAUUUUUAGGUUUAAUCAAUAAAUCAAUUUAAAGUAGAGCGAAUUUUACAUUAGAUUAGAUUAAUUUGACUAAGAUUAUUUAAAAUAUUCAUAUUCCUGCUUUGUUUGUCGCUUCAAAAGAAGAUAAAUUAGUAUCUUAUGAACAUUCUGAAAUAUUACAAUCAUUAUAUAGAGGAUAAUAUCAAGUAAAAAUUAUUACAGGAGAUCAUAAUGGUUAAAGACAUCCUCCAUAUAAAAAAUAUAUAGCUGAAUUUUUUUAGAAAAAUAUUUACGACUAUUAAUAGAAACAUAUAAUUAAUAUGUAAAAUAAAUAAAAGAAUAAGAAUAAGAAUAAUAAUUUACAUAAUCAUAAUAAUUUGAAUAAGGAUAAAAGUUUAGAUAAGAAGUGA